UUUUACCAACGACUGCUGACUUCGACGUUGUUUUGGCGUCCCUUCAUCUAAAUUUUAAAUUCCAUCUAAUUCUAUCUAGUCUUUAUUGUUUAUUCAGAAUCAUACAUAAUUAAAAAGGAAAAGAGGAAAUUCUUUGCGAACAGAUAAUUAAAAUAUAUUUUCGUAUUUAUUAACACAAACGAUGAAGCACUAGAUAAGAUUGCGUUGAUGUUCCUGACUGAAUUUAGAAACGAAAAAUUUCUAUUGCAGGAAAACUGUUUUCUGACCGAAAGAAUCAAACAUUUUAUAAGGCUCAAAAUUUCAGUAAAAUAUCACGCACGGAUUAAAUGACUCAUCAAUUACCUGACAUAUUCUAUCAAGUAAAUCGCGGUGCAAAACUUUCAGAUGAACAGAAGUGUAAGGAUAUCAGACUAUGAAAGCGACUCCAAGGACAUAAAGAAAUUUACUUGAUAUCCUUUGCACCAAAACAGAUCGACGAUGAAUAAAUCAUAUUCUGAACGCUUGUUUGCUUUUAACCAACAGGAAAUCGAAAGGCACAUAGCUAUGAUUACUCUUUUAUUCAUUAUUAUGAUAAUGGGUAUUAUCGGUAAUAGUUUAGUCGUCUACAUUCAUAUUCUUAAAUUAAAUCGAACAGCAUCCACUACGCUUGUUAUUUUCCUUGGCUGGAGUCAAAUUAUAAACAGCGCGAUAUGUGUACCAAUGGAUAUUGUUUUUCUUUUUCAUCCGUAUAUUUUCACAAAUGACGUUCUUUGUCGUUUUAUGCAGUCUGUCGUUUUUAUGUCAGUUCUUGUAUCAGGAUUGAUAAUAUUCACAAUUGCUAUAGAUCGGUUUAAAAAAGUAUGCCGGCCGUUUGCAACACAAUUUACACGUAAGGCUGUCAAGAAAAUCAUCUUGUUAAACAUUGUAAUAACAACGCUACCGAUGUCUGUCAACUGUUAUGUUAGAGGAAUUAAAGAAAUUUCCUUGAGUGAUAACUUAAUCGGUCACAUGUGCUCAAUAUCAGAUAAAGCAGUUCCAACUGUGGUAUAUGGUUUCUUCAUUUUUAUGCUAGCACUAUGUGUUUUGUCAGUGCUGACGUUCAUCAUAAUUUAUUCUACAAUAUUUGGGAAGCUGAGGGAAUACGGUAAACGUAAAAGACUAUUGUUGGCCUCCCUUCAACCGUCAUUGUCAAGAGUUAGUGAAAGAACCUCGUCGAGAGACGAACAUUCAAUAUCAGAGAGAAGUAAAGAUCCAGUAUUCCGACCCAUGCAACGCAGAAGAUAUUAUAUUGCCACAACCCAAAUCACAUUCAAUAUGUUUUUUAUAACUCUUUCAUUGUGUCUAACCUACAUUCCCUAUUUCACACUAACUUUCUUAACUACAAAAGUAAGUAUAAGAAGAAAUGGUUGGGAACCUCCUAACAACAUAUUUUAUAAACUGGCAGAUCAUUCUUACUAUAUAAACGAUUUAAUCAUUCCAAUAAUUUACGUAAUCUUCAGCCCAUCUUUCAGGAGAGAAGUUAUGGUCCUCUUCAAACAAUAUAUUUUGUGCAACAUAUGUAAUAAACCAGACGAAAAUUAG